UUCAAGUUGAGGUUAUUGUACUUCUAAAAUAGUCUUAAGUAUAACAUAUUUCCUAUGUAAAUGGACCAAAAACACACAUUCUAAUUAACUAUCGGAAGGACCAAAAUCGUAAUUUUGUAAUAACUGAAGGGACCAAAAGUGUUAUUCUCCUUUUUUUUUUUCUGUUGAGUAGUGUAUAGUAAGCUUAAUUUUAUACCUGCCACUGUAAUUUUUUCUUGUGAUUGAAGUGUGCAAAUUGAUCGUUGAAUUUGAUAAGCAUGUAGUACACAUAUACGUAUACAUCUUGCUUGUUUGACUUUUUGGGUUAGUUCUACAUGCUCUCUAAUAUAUGCACAUAAGGUGGUUGUGAAUAUGCUCAAGUACUGAUUGUGGGCAGUAUAUUUGCUUCUUGAAGUUGAAAGAUACAAUGAUGAUAGGAACAGUUUGUUCAAGGAGAAGCAUAUCUAAAUUUUCUUGUUUGUGCCAGAGAAUUAAGCAGACAGAAAGUGAAAUUGUUAAAAUGUUUGAAAUCUCAAGGCCUAAGGCCGAAACAGAAGGCUCCCAAGAGAAGCGACCACCCUUAAGAAGGGGCUCUGUAAGGAUAUUGGAUGAGAGGUUCAUCAGGAUUCUGAAGAUAUUUAAGUGGGGUCCUGAUGCUGAAAAGGCCUUGGAGGUGCUACAGCUGAAAGUAGAUAAUGAAUUGGUUCGAGAGGUUUUGAAAAUUGACAUGGAGAUCAGUGUGAAAAUUCAGUUUUUCAAGUGGGCUGGCAAAAGGAGGAACUUUGAACAUGACUCAACUACCUACCUGGCUUUGAUUCGAUGUCUUGAAGAAGCUGGGCUGACAGGCGAAAUGUGGAAGACAGUGCAAGAAAUGGCACGGAGUACAUGUGUCGUUACUCCUGCUGAUCUCUCCGAGACAAUAAGAUUUUUGGGCAGGGCAAAAAUGGUAAACAAAGCACUAUCAAUAUUUUACCUGAUUAAAGGCCGCAAGUGCAAGCCAACUGCAACAACUUACAAUUCCAUUAUUUUUAUGCUGAUGCAAGAGGGUCAACAUGAAAAAGUACAUGAGCUUUACAGUGAAAUGUGUAAUGAGGGCAAUUGUUUCCCUGAUACAGUUACUUACAGUGCUCUUAUAUCAUCCUAUGCAAAGCUAGGUCGUGAUGAUUCUGCUGUUAGGUUGUUUGAUGAAAUGAAGGAUAAUGGUUUACAUCCCACUGCAAAGAUAUAUACAACCUUGUUAGCAGUUUACUUCAAAUUGGGUAAGGUUGAAAUGGCUUUAGCAUUAGUCAAUGAGAUGAAGAAGAAUGCUUGUGCCCCAACUGUGUAUACUUACACUGAAUUGAUAAGAGGGCUUGGUAAAGCUGGUAGAAUGGAGGCGGCGUACUCUAUAUUUCUGUCCAUGCUAAAAGAGGGAUGUAAGCCGGAUGUUGUGUUAAUAAACAAUGUGAUAAACCUUUUAGGAAGGGGAGGACGUAUAGGUGAUGCUUAUAAAUUGUUUAAUCAAAUGGAAUCAUUAAACUGUAAACCGAAUGUUGUGACAUAUAAUACUAUUAUAAAAUCCCUGUUUGAGUCGAAAGCACCAGUAUCCGAGGCUUCAUCUUGGUUUGACAGAAUGAAAGCAAAUGGUGUUGCUCCAAGCUCUUUUACUUAUUCAAUACUUAUUGAUGGGUAUUGCAAGAGAAAUAGAGUUGAAAAGGCGUUAGCCUUGCUUGAGGAGAUGGACGAGAAGUGCUUUCCUCCUUGUCCAGCUGCCUAUUGCAGCUUGAUCAAUAGUCUUGGAAAAGCAAAACGCUAUGAAGCUGCAAAUGAGUUGUUUCAAGAAUUAAAAGAGAGUUGUGGAUCUAGCAGUUCUCGGGUAUAUGCUGUAAUGAUAAAGCACUUUGGGAAAUGUGGCCGUUUGAAUGAGGCUGUCAAUCUUUUCAAUGAGAUGCAAAAACUGGGAGGUUCUCCUGAUGUAUAUGCAUAUAAUGCACUCAUGUCCGGGCUGGUGAGGGCAGGUAUGCUAGAUGAUGCUUUUUCCAUGCUUCGUAAUAUGGAAGAAAAUGGUUGUUCUCCUGACUUAAACUCAUUUAACAUAAUACUAAAUGGUUUGGCCAAGACUAGUGAUCCACAGCGAGCGAUCGAGAUGUUUACAAAGAUGAAACAUUCAACAACUAAACCUGAUGCUGUCUCUUACAACACCAUUCUUGGUUGCCUAAGUCGUGCUGGCAUGUUUGAGGAAGCUGCAAGGCUGAUGAAAGAGAUGAGGGCCAAUGGUUUUGACUAUGAUCUUAUUACAUACUCAUCAAUACUUGAAGCAGUCGGCCAUAUUGAUGAGUAUGGUACAUGUCAAACUUCAUGAGAGAGCUUCGGUAUGGUAGAUUCUUUUAGUUUGGUGCUUCUAUUUAUUUUUGCUAUUUAGUACUUGGCAACCUUUAAAUCAUCUUGGCCUGGAAAUAUACACAGCUUUGUAAGGUUUUACGGUGCUCUAAUAAAACUGAGUGGCAAAUAAUCGCAGCAUUUUGGUUACUCUUACUGCUGGCUUUGGCUUCUGCAGCUAUGUGAUUGGAUUUUCACUUUGUGUUGAGGAUUUGAAAUGGUAUGUUCAGUACACAUAUUAGCAUGCACGCAGCAUCUCCCACCUGUUUUCUCAAAUCGCUGGGUGGAAUUAGCUUGGCAGCACCCUGUAACAAAGGACAAAGGAUGGAUAUCCUGCUGGUGUUGGCUGCCGUAAUUGUUGCAUCUGGUCUAGAAUUUUUCUCAUCAUCCAAGCUGCAAUAAUAUGUGCAUUAUGCAGUUUGUAAUAGUCCCUUGAAGCCAUCAGCACUUGGGGCCAUCCUGAAAUUCAUGUAUAUCUGGGAGAAAGCAACCAAUUAAAAACCAAAGUUAUUCUUGUUUAACCAAAGUUAUUCUUGUCUUUUACAAGUCUCGUUGAAGGAGGAAGAAGCUGGGCUUAACCGUCUUGAGGUUCAACUAUUGAUACAGAUAUUGUCGAUUGGGAUGUGUGGCAGGUCAAAAACGUAGGAGGAGCUGACCAAUUGCCAUAAAUCUCUUGGACAUAGGCUAUCUAUACUUCAGAAGGAGAGCUAGAAAAUGUAAAACUAGCUGACCAAUUGCCAUAAAUCUCUUGGACAUAGGCUAUCUAUACUUCAGAAGGAGAGCUAUCAUAUGUCGUGUGGGUAUCACCAGGGAAUGCUUAAAUGUAACAAUCUUGGGAACUCUUAAGUUAUGUUUACUAUAGAAAGUCUGAUAGAUGUAAAAGAAUAUUGAAGGCAAUAUAUUUGAUAUUGAGAACACAUGUAACAAUUGUAUAUGAAAACAUUCACUUGAAAUAUCUUGUUGAUAGGUGGUGUGUGGUUA